AUGCACCGGCGGCAGUCGGAGGACUACGACGUCCUCUCCGACGCGGCCAUUGAUGAUGAGGCUCAAAAUGAUGGUGACGGAGGAAACGAUGCGGAUGAAGAGCCAGAAGUGUCAGCGGUCAUCCUCACACAACCGAGCCACUAUAACGUCACCAUAGGACGGAGCGUCCGGCUCGAGUGCAAAAUAUCACCUGCAGAUGGUGCGGUCUUCCAGUGGACGAAGAAUGGUUCAAUGUACUUUUUCGGCACAAUGAAAGCUCAGGAGCAGGACGUCAGUUCUUACAUGCAAGACGAUAGGAUAUCGAUUCCUGCCAACUCAACGGACCUCCUGAUCAGAGAUGUGGCGCUCAACGACAGCGACACCUACAAAUGCGAAGUGCUGCAAACCAACAAGGCUUCCGUCGAGCACACGCUGGAUAUCCUCGAAGCACCAAAGAUUAUAAAAUUCACAGCAUCUGACAACGGACAAGUGGUUGAAGGUUCCGAUCUGCUGUUAACUUGUGUCGCCGGUGGCUCUCCUCCGCCGCAGAUCAUCUGGUCCAGGGAUACCGGCAAUGGUAAUGAACGUCUGCAAGAGAAGGACGGCGAAUUCUCGAUCAACAGCUUCUUCAUCAGGAAGGUGAAGCCAAGCGACGCUGGUAAAUACUAUUGUUACGCUUUCAACGGACUCGGAAACAAACAGUCAGAGCUCACUGUUGUGGUCAGAAGCAAGCCCCGCGUACAAGUUCACAAGACAGUCAUCAACUCUGCUGUCAACGUUGAAGCUGUAUUACAGUGCUCGGUUCACGACGCCGCACCUGCACACAUCCGUUGGUACAAGGACGGCUUCCUCAUCGAAGACACGUCGAGCCAGUUCAGCGUGAGCACGCACGGUCACCACUCCAACUUGACCGUCAUCCCCACCAGCGACCAGGACUUCGGCACUUUCACCUGUGAGGCCGACAACGAACUGGGCAAGCACAACAAAUCUAUAGAGUUGGUACAGAGCCCAGUGGUGGAAGGACUCGAUGUGGACGGACCCAAGCUGUCGUGGACCAUUCACUCGCACCAGCCAUUGGAACAGAUUGAGCUGCAGUUGCGACAAAUUAAUGGGGAUGGUCAGUGGAGGACCCUCAGCGUACCGGUCCCGGAAAUGAGGACCCACGAGUAUGAAAUAAUCUUCCCGCUGACCGACCAAGAUCUGGAACCCGGCAAAUAUGAGGCUACCGUGAAGGUUAAGAACGAUAAGAGCUGGAGCCAGCACUCGCAGCCAGCUCUUGUCGAUAUUGACGCUCAACCACAGUUCAUCCAACACGCGUCAGUGUACCGAGGCAACAACGCGCAUUCCAUCCGGCCGACGAUCCUUAGCGCAUUGACGACCACUCUCAUGUACCUCCUCGUGCGAAUGCUUUAA